AAAAUGUUUAAAACUGCCGGUAUUUUUUCAUUUUACUACGGUUUUUAAUUAUUUUUGUUUGUCUUUUCAAAAAAAAAACAUUAGUUUUAAUGGUUAAUACAAGUCAAGAAGCAAAUGAAACGCUCAAUUUACCACAGGUUACUAAAAAUUCCAGCGAUACUCUUGGUAUUUUAAAUUAUUAUAAAUAAAGACUUAUUCAAAUGUUUAUUGUAAUAAAUGUCUUAAUUUUAGCUUCGGCUACGUUUUUGACGUGUGUUGCGGCUGGUGCUGGUAUUUUUGCAUUUGCUUCGACACUGGCAUCGGCUCGAAAAACAGAUCCUGAUAUGUUUUCUAAAGGACAAAUCGCUUCAGUACCUAUGGCUGAAUCGGGUGUUCAAUUAGCUAUUAGAGCACUCAAAUGGGGAACUUUUUAUGCAGUCGGCGGAUGUGGAUUAUUUUUUUAUGGUGUAUGGAAAAUGAGUGGUGCUAACGAUGCAAGUAUUUUUUAAUUUUAAUUUAAAUUUAGUAAAAUCAAAACCUUGAUAAAAUGGACAUUUGAAUGUUUCAUAAAUAGAAUUUCACAGAUUAAAACAUCUAUAUAAACAGAAACCUGUAAUGGAUGAACAUUUUCUUUGGACCCUUGAAAUACCAUUUAUGGAUAGUUUUCACUGUAUUAUGCAUUUAAAUUUUAAAAUAUAAUAAUCAUAAAUUCUGAUUGAACUUAACAUGACCAUUUUCAUCUGAAAAUUAGUGCUCAAAACCAGAUGACUGUAUCUGAGUUUCCCACUUGCUCUAGCGCCUAGUGUUUGACUUCCCAACACUAUUUAAGUGUAUUUUUUAGUCUAUACAUAUUUUAUUUCUGUCUUGUGUGUAAUAUAGCAACAAAUACACAUCGCACUUCAAUGAUUUUGGUUGAAUUUUGGAACAAGAGACCUAUUAUAUAUUUUAUAAGAGUAUUUACCAUGUCUUGGCUAAAUUAUUUUUUUUUUUAAUAUUUUCAUUUGUUUAUAAGUUAUCAAUGGUUAAAAUUAAGAGAAAUUAAAAAACUAAUUUUUUCAUGAUGAAAAUGAAAAUUUUCAGCCAUUGUAAAUACUCUUUUUUUAUAAAAUUUAUUUGUUUCUAUAUUAUGAAAGAGGCAAAUGGAAAAAACAAAUUAUGUGUAGAGGUUGCUCCUUAAAUAUAUACAUUUGUGUGAUGUUAUUUUUUAUUUAAUUAGCUUAUUGUAGUUAAAAGUAGGUACUUUAUUUUACAGGAAUUCGUUUAACAUUAUAUGAUACAUUUUUUUUUUUUUUUGUUCAAAUAAAAUAAAGAGCAGUUAUUUUAGAAUUAAAUAGUUCAGAGUACAAGAUGAUUCUUUUAAUACAUCAUUAAACCUUUAAGAUAUUAUAAGUUAAGUAUUAUUCUCAUAUACUCUUUUAGAUUUUAAAUUUAAUAGUCUUAUACAUUUAUAAACAAUCUUAUAAAUAUCUGCAUACUUUAAAUAUUUAAAAUUUGCACUCUAAUAUUUGAUGUAUUUAUCUGGAAAUAAAUAGCUUUUAUUAUUGUAUUUUAAAACUUUGAAAAACUUUUGUGUUUUUUGUUUUACAGAUGCAUGAAUUUAGAAUGAAAGUAGGUUCAAUGCUCCCAAGACUUACUCCAACUGUACAUAACUCUCGCACAGAAUUUGAAGGCUUGACAGAUUUAAUGACUUAUUUAGCCACAGACUAUUCAGGACAAACACCAAAAACUAAAACUGAGUCUUAUGAUGAGCCUAAAGAACAAAUACCAAAAGAUUGAUAGAAAAUAUUGCAAUAUGUAUUAUAUAUUUUAUUAAAAUUAGUUGUUCAAAUUGAAUAAAUAAACAAUGACUUUAUCUUUAAAUAAUUUACAAACAAAAAUACAUAACAAGAAAAACUUUAAACAAAUAAAUGUGUAGUUACAAAUUAAAAUAUUUGUUUAAUUACCAGGGACUAUGUACAUAGAUAUUCAUUUGUUUAUAAAUUAAAAUAUACCUAAUUAUAUAAGUAAAUUAAAAUAACAAUAUUACUUUUAAGUUACUUUAUAGCACAAAACAUUUUUAUCAGUGAUAAGUAACUUAAUUAUCAAAAAAUGAUAUUACAAUAGUAAAUACAUUAUUAAACUAAACUAAAAUUAUACUAUCAAUUAUAUUUAACUAACAUUUCAGAGAUCAAAAAUUUAAAUCUGGAAGAUCUUUUUGUACAAAAAAAUUUUCAUAAAUUAUAUUUGUGAUAAAAUCUGAUCAAUAAUAUAAUACGAAUACAGUUAUAUAUUGAUAAAGUCGUUAAUUGAUGUUAUGGUAGCAAAUUUAACAAAUCAUAGUUGAAUCUAAAAUUGAGUUGUUAUUUAUUUUAAAGAGAAAAAUACAUGGAACAUUUUUCCAGUGGGUAAAAUAAUAUAAAUAUAUUUUUGAAUUUACCAUGCUAAACAAUUUAUAGGUAUUAAUAUCAGACUACAAAUAAAAUAUUAUGAAGUUUUAAUUGCCAGAUGUAGUUGAAAAUUCGACUAAAUUGUUAAAUACAUUGAAUUUUAGAUCUUAUACUUAAUAGUUUUAGUAAUAAUGCAAUUAUCUAUUAAUAAUAAUCUUACUGCACUCCCACCUUAACUGUCCUCCAUCUUCCACCACAUCGACAGUUACGUGCCCAUCUAUUUUCCCACACUCUAAUUGCUGCUGUUCGGGAAUUCCCUACCAAUUGCAUUUUACCUUCACAUCUAUUACACUGUUUCACAGUUAAUGGACAUUUACCAAUAUAUACAUUCCUAAUGACAUCAUAAUCUUUCACAUAAUCUGAAUGUUGUUUACCAUUUGUUGAUGUAUCUAUGGUGGAUGUAUUAUAUCUCAGACAGUCUGGUUCUUGUCCAAAUACUAACUUCAAUGGCAAAUGUUGAUAAUAAAGAGCAGGAGAUGCAACUUCAUGAAUUCCAGCAGCAACUGAUGAAAGCGGGGUAAUUAUGACUUGGCUUUGAAGAGUAUAACAUUCAUCAAAUAACAUUUCAUCGUGUUCACCACCCAGUUGAACAAAUCGCGAAAGUAAACGGAAUGUAACAGACAAUACAUCUAAAUUAUCAAUAUUUUUAAUAAAUACUGGUAAACAAUUAGGCCUUAGUAGACCCCAUAUGCGUAUCAUGACCAAUAAUUCACGUAUUGUAUUUAUAGCAUACAAAUCAUUUAGUAAAUUAUAACCAACAUUGUCUCGCGGCUCUGGUAUUCUAGAUACUACAUUUAAAGCAAGCUGUGCUAUCCAUUGAAUAAGUUGAUGAAGUGAUUGAAGAGUACUAGGUUCUACAGUAAAAUCUUUACCACCCAAACUGGUUAAAAUUUUAUCUAUAUCCACGAUAGGUUCUUUCAAUACAUUUGAAAGACUUUCAGCUGGAUCUCGGUCUGCCAUGAUAUCACUGACACGUAGUACAUUUUUAAAUGCAUUGGAUAUGGAAUGAAGUGUCAUUAAGUGCAUCAGAUCUGAACGCUUAGAUUGUGCUCCAGGCAUCAUUUUGUAAAGAAAAGAACGAAUACUUAAAUAGGUGGUGUAUUCUUUUUGUUGGAGAACCUGUGAUUGUUUUUGAAAGUUUUCACUAAAACGAUUACACACAGCUUCCAACAUAUUAGGUCUUAAUGAUAUAGCCAAAUCCCACCAAUCCAGGCCAGUCACCAAGCAAUAUUCUAGCUGUAAAGUGGCAUAGGCGACAGUUAAAGGCCCAUUUAGUUCUGCCACAGAAAGUAAUUGAAAUAAAUAUAAAUUACCCAUAUUAUCGCAAACAACAAAUACAUUUCCUAGAUAAGAAAUAUCCAAGUCUGAAAACUGAAUAUUUGAACUGUGCUGUAAGCCUAUUUUUCCUAUGUUAUCUUCGCAAUAACUACUUAAUUCAAAUAAACAUUGUUGGGUCAGUUCUCUAGAUAAACAACAUACUUGAUGAUUACUGAAGGCAGCUACUACAUAUUGACUACUAGAAGAUUGAUUGUAGGAUAUGGACAUUUUGGGUGUAGCCAAUGCUGUUAACUGUGCUCCAACUGUAAAUGAACUCUUUUUAAUCCAACACACAGUAGGGUGAUCUUCAGUUAUGACUUUUUUGAAUACUUUAUUUAUUGAAUUGGUUUUUUUAACCAGCUCCCAGGUUUCAAUAAUGCAUCCACUACUGCUAUUACUACCAAUUACAAGAGAUUCAGAACCUUCUCUCAAUAAAAAUUUUACAUGUGAAAUAACUCUAUCCAUCGUUUCAUUAAAAGUUAAGAAAAAGCUAGGCAGCCACUGUGAUACAAUCGUGCAACUUUUUUCAUUUAGAAGCUUUAUUGAUACUUCAUAACAAUGAAUUGGUGAUCGUGGCCGUCCAUCAGAUGUGACAAUUAAGAAAUUUCCAUUUUGACGAUAACUAAUGUCAACAACAGAUAUACGAUAUCUAGCUACGGCUAAACUGGUAGUAGCUGAAAUCAUAGGUUCCCCACUAUCAUUAGUUAACAGGGCAGCAAUCAUACCUGUAGCAGACACUACUAAACACCCAGGUAAACCUGUGCCCCCCCAUGUUCGUAGUGAUGGUGUAAACCGAACAUAAUUGAAUUUUUCAAAAUAGUUAAUGUUAUCAGCUUUUUCAUUGACAAGCAUUAAUUUUUUUCCCAAAUGGAAAAAGGUUCCAGCUAUAAUAGGUUCUCCACGAAAAUCUUUAGAACCUACCUGCACCCAAUUAGUAAGAUUGUGGUCAGUACUGCAUGUCCAUAUUGAUACAGCACCAUUCUUGUCACCAAUCAAUAGUGAAUAUCCAUACAUAUCCCAUUCUAAUGUGGUAACUGUACAGUUAUUGGAUGUGAUUUUAUGGUACUUCCAAGGCACGUUUAGAUCGGCUAUAUAGACAUGUGAACCCCAGUUUAUGUUGACGUGAUCAUCCAGAUCAAACGUGGUGACCCAGGCGACUAUGUUGUUGGCAGAUAUCUUGGCCAGACAUUUAAAACACAUAUCUUCUUCCAUUUGUUCAUUUUGAAACUGGGUUUUCCAAGCUUGUUUCCGAAAUAUAGAAUAUACCAAGUCCAUUAUCUAGGGCGGACGAUUUGCGUGAAUUGCAACAUAAAUUGUGUGCUACUUACGAUAAGCCGGUACAGAGAGUCAGCAAUUUUCAAUUGUAAAGCAUAUUGACUAUGGCUAAGAAAUCGGCUCAUGAAAUACCAGACCUAACACGUCCGAAAAAUACGAUUAGAAAACAAAUAACACACGUUAACACACUACUACCGUGGUUAAACAUA